GACGGAGCCCGCGCCAGUCGCCAUCCGCGCACCGUUCCACGCACGCGCGACGCACGCCCGCCACAAUUCAAACCUCGAGCUUACUGAGGUGAUAAGGUGAUUGCUACAGCUAGUGACAGAAUGGUGGAUUCCACAUAAGUCUUAUUAGUGUUAAAGAAUUUUGUGAACUCGAAUUUAUUUCGAAGCGCAGCAUGCGGAUUAGUGUGUGGUGCAGCGCUGCGCUCGCGCUGCUUGCCGUCGCCAGCGCCCUUCGGACCACACAGGGAGAAGGUGCGAGCAGAACCGGCAGAAGAUUAACAACGGCACCUGCACCCGAUGGAAGGAGUCCUGAUGACAGUCCAACGCAAGAAGCACAGCCUACUUUCAGGCCUAGGGGCAGCAGAAGACGAGAAGAUGUUCCACCUCGAGAAGUGGUACGGACGAGAACGAGAAGCAGGCCUGCAGAAAAGACAGAAGCUUCUUCAGAAGCACCGACGCCACCACGAAACGAACGAUUAGACUCGAGAAGAACGCAUCGAACCCGCAGCAGGAUAGAAAGUAGUUCCAGUACUACUCCACCUACCAGAGAGAAUAUUAGUCGGAGCCGCUCACGAACGAACGUAAGACGCACAUCUACGACCACUACUACUACGACCACAGCUAAACCUUCUACUACGACCACGACCACAACCACGACUCAAACUCCAGAAGUAUCUUCUCCAACUAUCGACGAAACUAAGAUAGAAGUGAUUAGUUCCACCUUUGAAGAUUUAGCUAAAACCACACCGUCGGAGGAAAAAACGGUCGACCCAAACCACCAGUUCAGAAGACGAAGCUCCACUACGCAAACAACAGAAGCUGUAACUGCAGCGCCAAGGAGGUUACGAGGUCGCGUUAACACUCGACCUAAUGCUAGAUCACUUGAUCUUGAUAUUGCAGGCACUACCAAUACAUUGACAACAGCUGAUAAAGGGCCAACCACUCUAAGAACUGGUGAUUUGAGGAACUCACGAAAACUCCGAUACAAAACAAGGCUUUCAGAAACAGACACGAAUUUAACUGGAGAAGGGAUGAAAACUCAAAGCGAAGUCACAAAAUCUAGUCAGGACGAAGAAAGCGUAGCUAGUCAACCUGAAGUUCAACCAUCCGCUCCAAUGAUCAUUGAUAAUUCCCUACAGCAGAGUACCGAGGGCUUACCAUUGAAAGAAACUUCAUUGAAAGUGAUAAAGAUGAUGAAAAGGCCAUUAGCACGAGGGAACUUCAGAUCUCCAGUACCACUAACUAAAGUAAAAACCAGUGAUGAAAUAAGCGAAGAUGACAACUACCCGGAGAGUUUCAAAGCUUUGAUACAAGCAAAAAAUGCAUCUACACAAACGAGCUCUCCCGCCAGCGAGAGUUUGUCAGUGAAAGCAUCACAGAAAGUUUUCAAAACUUACACUGCCUCCUCACAGUCGACAAACACGGGCACAAACAAAUACUCAAGGUUCCGCAGUAAAUUGAAUGCUGAGAAAGACUCUAAGAAAGAAAACAAGGAAGAAUCGUCCACUGAUGGGUCUUCAUCGGAGUCUCCUAAGCCAAGGACUGUUGAACCUAGAUCAAGAGGAACUUUUACGCCGCGGAGGCAGAAAUCUACCUUUUCUCCAGCUGGAACAUCUACACCUUCUAGUGCAAGCACCGAAAAACCUCAAUAUAAAUUUAACAGAAAGUUUAAAGUUACGACCACGCAAGCACCUAAAACUGAUGAUACUAACAAACCAAAAAGGACCGAGUCAAACGUAAUACUUAAAAAAUCGAUAGCCAGAUCUACAUAUCAGCGUAAAAGCUAUCCAAAGAAAAAUUUUACAACUGAAGCACCUACCUCUUUAAAUAACGAUGUGACUGUAAAACCGAUUAGAAGGAAAAAUAUUUUACCAAGAACUUCUUACUACAGUCGGUCACGUAAUAACAAGAACAUUUCUACGUCCACUACUACAGAAUCAACGGAAGAAGUCACUACUGACAAAUCUAUUGCAAGUAAAAAAAGUGAGAACACAGCGGAUAUGCCUUUGAUAUUUACUCUUCUGAAAAACCCCUCAAACGCUGACACUUCAAGUGAAAAGUCCCAACAACGGAAUAAUGAUGAAGAUCAAGAAAUGUUUAUUAUAGCUGUAACAAGCAAAGAGUCCCAAGAAAAUAAUUUGAUGAAUGAUGUUACUAAUACCGCUGAAGAAAGUGAAAACAACCCUGUUUUUAACACUUCACCGACAACUGUAAAAUAUCAUGCUAACUACAAAGAUGCAAACGCUACAACGUUAGAUAGUAAAGAUCAAGUGAUAUCUUCAACAAUUACACCGGUAAAGAACAUUCAAACAAGGAAAUAUAGUCGCAAACGCACAAAAUCGUACGAUCAAUACGAAGAUCUGGAAGCACCUAAGCCUCGUGAGAAGGGCUUAAGAAAAUACAGUGAGUCUUUUUCAAAAACAACCGAAGCAUCCACUAAUGGCAUUAAUGCUGAUCAAGAAAAGCCAAAAACCCGAUUUAGUUCUAAAUAUAGGGGUCCAAAUGUAGAUAAACCAGCUUAUAAACCAACCGUACCUACGGUAACACCCUCGACUGCUUGGCUGAAAUUCUUCGUCACUGACCAACUGUUGACAAAGUCUGUAGAGGAGCCAAAUUGGUUCGAUGGAGACGAUACACGCGAUGUCACGACAGAAUCCAUGUCAAGACAGGUCAUCACCACGCCACCAAUCAUUCACGUGUCAUCCAUAGAACUGGUAGAGGGAGAAGAAAUUUAUUUAGGGCCAGACAUGAAUGCUAUCUCCUUUACUAAGACACGAAGUACACUAUCUUCAGCGGACUUAAGACUUUCGGAGAGUCUGGUGAAGUCAUCACAUGUCAUGAACGUUGAAGCAUCACAUCACUCGCCUUCAGUUACAGUAUCAAUAUUUGAUGCUUUAGCUGAAAUACUUACGUCCACACCCAGACCCCGACUCUCAACAACAACAGAAGUAUUGAUAAACCAAUACACUAAUAACGAUGUAACACAGACACUCAACGGCGUGAGUAACAACCUUAAUGUAAAUAGUGUCGGAGGCUUGCCGAGUCAAGACCCGUUACUGACAACGAUAGCUGGUAUAAACACAAACGCUAAACCUGUACAGAACACUGAUCAAACCACACCAAUUGUGAUUAACCGUUUGUCGGUUGGGGAAGGUGUCACUCCGUCACUAAGUACCAAAGAGGGAAACGUAGAUUCUGUGAAUACAAUACGACCAGUUCCCAUUCCUACUCCCACGACCCCUGUUUCCGCAAGGAGACCCUUCGCUAUAAAAGUUUUGUACUCUGAUACAGAAUCACCAACAGACAGAAUUAUGACUUCAACUGAACCCUCAUCCGUUCAGCCAUCGACUGACCCAACAAUGGUAUAUAACACUGUAUCUGAUCUUUUGUUACCCAAUAACAAUUUAGUUUCGUCUGAACUAACUAGCAUGUUAGCUAAUAACAUAAAAAGUAUUAUUGAAAAUUUGGAUGAAAGUAGUAGAUCUAGAGUUUCCUCGGAUAUGGCUGAAUUAUUAAAGUCACUAAUUCCUAGGGCGAUUGACGGACUUGCGACUGUAGUUAAAGACGUAGACAUAAUACCAAAUACCACUCCUUAUUCUUUGGAGGAUAUUAAAGAUACUGAAAAUGUUGUUAUAAAUAAUGACGGUUCUUUGGACAUGUCUAACUUUAAUAUCAUCCAAAAUGGUUCUGUAAAUAGCACAGUAAAUAAUGUUGGCACAACUGUUAUUGACGCAAAUGACAGCAAUCAACCUGUAAAUAGUCCUGGCACCACACCACAAGCUUCAAGUACUGUGUCUGUAUCUACAAGUCAGAUUACAACAAGUUCAACACCUAACACCAUUCCUGUAAAUAAUAUCCAAUUGACGACAGAAUCAUCUCGGUCAACGACUGAUACUUUCCCUCUUAGAUUUUCUGACCAACUAGAUACAGACGCAGUUACUGGGAACGUUGAAAUUACAGAACGGUCUAGUGUUAUCCCAGAUAAUCAUUUAUCGCCAAUCCCCUUUUUAACUAAUUUUAAAUUUGGUGAUUUUAUCACCAAUCAAACGGAAAAUAUCACUUCUUCCACUCAACCUCAGAUAACACGUUCGGCUGCUGCACUUGCUACGCCUUCUCAAGAUAUUUAUAAUCUUGAUGUGGAAGACCCCAGUCAGGUGUCAAAAUUCCAAUUGUGGGUGCUGUCGAAGAAAGCUAGGGUCUUAAAAAUGAUUGAAGAUCUUAUCCGCCAACAUAAUGACGAAUUAGCGACUGUUACUCCUCUGACUGAAAUACUAGACCAAUCUAACAACAACGUACAACUUUCUGACCGUCUGACUAGAAUAAUGAACACAAUGACUUCUUCUACUACUGAAAACAAUGACUUAACUACUCCUAUGACAACUCCCCUUAAUUUAAUUCCAUCUUCGACAUCUACGGAAUCUUCCAUAAUAAAUGGCCUUACAACUAUUAAUGGAGAUGGGAAUAAUAACGGAGUUGCAUCAACAGUAGAGCCUGUUGCCACUCUUGCGAGUAACACUGAAUCCGCAACGUCUCAAAUGUCUACCAGUUCUGGUAUCGGAAUGAAUUCUAGCGAGACAUCACUGGAAAUGACGGCACAGGCUCAAAUAGAUAUCUCAAGCAGAGUCAGUUCGGAAGAUGUAACAAGCAGUGAAGGUAUUAUCGAAACUACAACAGCGUCAGCAUCUAUGGAAACCACUACGUCCUUGAAUAUCGAGAUGACAACUGAUACCGAAUUAGAAACAACAACUCUAACUGAUGUCGAAAGUACAACCACUACACAAACUAAUCAAACAAAACAAAACCUUAUUUCACAAGUUGAGGUCAACGUCGCCGGUCAGUCUGCUGUUCCGAAAAAAGACUACGUUAUUUUUGGAAUUUUACCGAACAAUACAGUGGUACGUAAAGACCCUAACGACGAUGUGCUGGAAUCAUUAACAGAAGCAACUCCUUACAUCGUUUACGGUGUGCUACCCAAUAACACAGUAAUCCGCAGAUUCCCGAACGGAACCAGAGUACCACGAGUCAUGCAAAAAAUUGACAUACUACCAAUCAGUCCAUGGAGUUUAAGAAACCCAUACAGCCCCAUCCAUAAUAAUCCGGCCAUUGUCAGACCGCAGUCUAACCCCAUCCGAGUAUCCACUAAUAUCGUGACAUCCACAGACACCUCAAAUAACGGAACGGAAAGUCGAUUAACCAACGACACUGUAAAUAACCUACAAAUGAUGAUACCUUCAUCGGCACUUAAUAUAAAAGAAAGCAGUUCAUUCGGUAUAACUACUGCCACAAAAAAGCCGCCUACUGAAAAAAGCACAGCCUCGCAUGUAUUGAGUUUACGCACAACUACAAUGCUACCUUCUCUUGAUGAGAUUUUGCUUAAUAGUAUAUCUUCGGCUGCUAAAGAGGAAAUGGUCAUAUCAUCCAUGACGAGCUCUACUCUCAAACCAAGAAUAUUAACACUGGAUAUCGAUCCGGAGACCAAACAAAUUCGGACAGAAAAACCGGGUGAUGGGACUGGAAGUGCUGUAUUUAAAUUUAUACCCAUUGACGAAGUCACGGUUGCACCACAAAAUACAAAUGUUUUGAAACUAGCUUCACCAAAAGUACCUUCUACGAUGAGCACUGAGAAGGCUGAAGUACAAACUGCCAGUACAAUGGCAGCUACUGAGAUGAACACACAAACACCACAAAUUCAAACACGAAUAGAAAUACCGAGCAAUCCUACGACAACUGCGGCGGUAGAAUUAAUAACACCAUUUACAAAUGUUGAAACGACUUCAUUGCCACCUUAUACUGCAACUGUGGGUGAAACUACAGUAGAAGUAACUUCGACAACUCAGACUCCAACCACAACGUUGGCUCCAACAACGACAACCACAACUGAAGCAACAACAACGACUGAGGCGACAACAACUACUACAACAACAACAACUAUGGCACCAACAACAACAACGACAACAACUGCAGCUCCAACAACAACAACGGCGGCUCCAACGACGACGACAACAACUGAAGCCACAACAACCACAACUACGCCAGUGCCUACAACUACAACACAAGUGCCUACAACAGUUCAAACCACUUUUGUCCCAUCUACGACACCUGCAGUCACAACGGAAGACGAAAGGCAAUAUCAGGAAGACGCUCGGCUUUUGCAAGAGUUGCUAAAAGGCACUGUAGCACGAAAUCCUAAAAACUUAAUCUCGCCCUCCAAUAUAAUACUCGGUGGAGUGACUACAACUGCCCAACCAACAACUAAUACUGCAUCAAUAAACGCCCAGCAAAUAAAUGAAGCGCAAUUGCUACAAGCUCUGUUAUCAGCUACGGGCCAAAAAUCAAAUACUUUGACUAUUCCUAACAUCGGAGGAAAUUUAAGAAUCACUCCAGGGCCACAAACGACGACAGUAAGAUCAAUAGAGGAUGACAUUCGUCAGUUUGAAGAAGACACGAAGUUGUUGAAGGCAUUACUGCAAGCUACCGGACAAAAUCCUGCCAACUUUAAUAUUCCAACCUUAAACGUAAAGUUGACUACCACCACUGCUGCACCAACCACCACUGUACCCACUACAACAACGACAACGCCUAGGCCAACAACAACUACCACUCCCAGGCCAACAACAACAACUGCUAGGCCAACAACAAUGAAACAAAUAACAACAACACAAUCAAUUGACGAUGAUAUUAAAAAAUUGGAAGAGGACACGAAACUUUUGCAAGCCUUACUACAAGCCACUGGUCAAAACCCAGGCAACCUUAAUCUCCCCAUAAUAACAGGAGUCACGUCAAACGUGAGAAUAGCAUCAAACCCGCUCACAACUUCACUUGGUUCAAAUCCAACUACACCGAUAAAUGUCAGGCCAGUUUACCAAUCGAGAACGACUACCCCUCCCACUCCCGUUUUCACGUUUGCUCCUAGAAGUGCUUUCAAUACGUUACAGACGACGACUGAAGGUGGAAUUUCGACCACAUUACUGCCUUUUAACCAGAGGAGAAGAGGGCCAACGACCACAGCUCGCAAUGUAGAGUCAACCACGCUUUUGUCCGGACGCCGAGCGCCUGGCGCAAGGUUCACCACAACGACUGACAUGCCGAGCACAUCUACGUUCUCUGUGCAAGAGGAUUUAGCUUUCCUCAAGAACCUGAAAUCUGUAUUGAAGAACAACGUCAACAAUGAAGAUCCAGAAUCUUCUCUUGCCAACCGCAUCAUCGCUCUUGCCGUUGAAAGAAGCCUGAACGAAAUUCAGUCUUCUGACCGCACUGGAAAAGCUAUUGCAAACAAUGCUGUAAAUGCAAUUCCUACUACUACAACAACAUCAACUACAACUACUACAACAACAACAACUACAACGACGACAACAACACCACGCCCAACUACAACAACACGUCCAACAACAGUUAAAAUUACACCAUCACUAGAGGACGAUAUCAAACAGUUCCAAGAAGACACAAAACUACUGCAGGCUUUACUAAAGGCAACCGGCCAGGACCCAUCAAAAUUCAAUAUACCGACACUACCGAAUCUACCAACGACACAAGACGUUCAAGAGACGACGACGCAGAAAAACAAAUUGGCUAUUACAGGGCAUACAUCGGACGAGGCUUUGCAGAAGCUGCUACAAAACCAGAACAAGCCUAAACCGUCCGGCAUGGUCUCUGAAGCGACGCAAGCGCCUAUGUCUCUAAGCACGGAGUUUGGGAAGAGCAACGACGCAUUGCUGGCAGCGCUGCUCAAGGAGCAAGGCUUCGGGCCCACCACGGCAAGUUCGUUGGAUGAACAGCUCCGACUAUCUGCUUUGCUCAACCAAGUGGUAGUGACGCCGAAGGCGAGGAGGACUACCACGCCGCCGCCGCCGCCGCCGCCUCAAAGGAGGCCUGUUCUGGAUGGCCUGGCGUGGCUCUGGCAGCAAUGGAGGGAGACUGCGCCAGGCCCAGCCCCAGCCAGGCCUAGAAAGCCAGCGCCAUCCUCCAGCCCCACCAUCUCAUCAUCAGCAUCCACGAGCAAUCGAGUCAACUGGUUUGGCUCCGGACCGUUCGUCGGCAAUGCGGACGAUAAGCCGACAUCGAACCGAGUCCCCUUGGACCCCCCGAGGGCUGUGACGUCAGAGCAGACCCCGGGCCGGGGGCAGCUGGUGUCAGCCGCCAUCAACGUCACUCGAGCAUUCUCGCAGUUCCUUGGAGCGGCCAUACAGGGCGCGGCGCAGACGGUGCAGAACGUCAUUCGGGCCGGGCAGCGCGCGGCGACGGACGUCUACGUUAGCGGGUCGGGCGGCUCCGGAUAGAUUCAUAGAUGAAGCGAUGAAAAUGGCGAAACAAAAUGUUUUAGAUAAAAACUAUUAAUGCAAGGAUCCAAAAUAUAGUCGUGCGGCACAAAAAGUUAAGGUUUUGUCCUAAAGAGUAAGGAUUUCCACUGUAGAAUGUUUUUUUUAAAUUGCCAAAAUAGCACUAAGCUAAAGUCGGGAGCCCAUAAAUCUCAAAGUUGGAUUUUUAGCGAGCUUCUAAUCUACUCAAGAUUGCAACAUUAGAAAAUAAAUAGUCACAUUACUAGUUGUAAACUUGAUCCAAUUAAUGACAAACAAAUACAACAUUAACCAAGUUUUGUAGACUUGCAUUACACAUAAAAGGACAAUGUUUGUUUCGUGAAAUUUUCAUCGCAAAAUAGAUUUAUUGGAUUCGAAAACUUUUACGAAAGUGUCAUAGUACGCACUAUGUGUUGAGUGCUCAAAUGUAAAUAUAGUUGCUUGUACAUUGUAAUUAGGCAAGCCUCUGGCAGGCCAGAUGUUUGGGACUUACGUUUUUGUAUUUUUGUACCUAUCGAUUAAGUAGAGGUAGUAUCGAUUUUCUUUUCUUUCUUAGGUUCUUUAAAGACAUCAAUAUUUUUCAUCAUUUCAGAAAAAAGCAAAUAUUAAAUUAAUCAAUAGGUACUUAAUAAUUUUGUUUUGCCUGGAUUUUUUUAGGAAAGAAACGAGUAACUUCUUUGACCUGGUAAAAUAAUAACUUAUUACAUAAUAUUUCUGUUUGCUUAGUAUUAAAAUAUAAGCAGUUACCUACAUUAUUUAUUAAAUUAACUGCUACUUAAUAUAUUUUGUAUAAAAUAGUCGUAUUAUGUAUAUAAUAAUGAAUAAUUAUGUAUCAAAAUAAGAUGCAAUAUUUAGUUUUAAGUCCGUCUUUAAUCUUAAGUCUACAUGUGCCAUUCACGCACGUGAGUUUCCAUAUCUGACUCUAAUUUUACUAACUAUCUAUCAACAUAAAAAUAUUUCAGAAAUCAUAUUUUUGUUUUUAAGAGCUUUUAAACCUAAAGCCACACACUAAGGAAAAAAAGAAGUAUGAGUAACAUUUUUUCUGUUUUAUUUUGAGUAGCUUUAUGCUACGCGUUACAUUGGCAUUUCAAAUCAAAUAAAAUAUUUACUUAAAUCUACACUUAUGGGUAUCUCUUUCAAAAUUAUCUUCUGAAAUUCUUUCAGCUUUACAUGCUGCCUCAUAUUGUACUUUAGUGUAUUGAAGGCUUUAAGUUCUAACUGUUAUUUUCUAUAGCUCUAUUUUUCGCCAUGGAUUAUUUACCUCGCCUUGAAAAAUCAUGAUUAGAGAAGUUACCAUUUUGUCACUUUGUAGAUAGGUUAUUUUAUAUUUUUUAUGUUUCUGUAUUUAAAAUAUCUGUUUUAAAUGGAUUUAGUUUAGGCUUCAAUUUAUUUUCAUUCGGUCAACGCUGCCUUUUUAAUACUGACCUAAGAAAAUAAUAUUACGUUAGUUAUUUUAUUUUACUUCGCAUAAGUAUUUAUUUUUUUACAUUGGACCACUAUUAUUUUGGACAUUAUGUGAGAAUUUGUUAUGUAUUCUCAUGCAUUAUCCUUAUUAUCUUUUACGCCAUUAUAAUUGCUUUAUGGCUAUUAUAUUAAAAACUAAGACUUCUUUAGACAAUCAUCACUGCCUUGUCAAGUUUUUAAAACUGUUUACCCCCUUUACUAAAAAAGUUAUACGUGGCUUGAACACUAGUUUAAAUUGGCAUUUUGUAUUUAUACAUGACAUAUGCCCGUUUUUACCAUCAAUCCCUAAUUUUUAAGUGACCCCUAUGGUAGCACAUAACAGGAAUUUUGUUUUCAUUGGGCUCACUUAAAAUUUAGGGAUUGACGUGGAAAAGGGGCAUCAAAGACCUGUUUAAACUUACAUUUUUUUAUUAAAAUGUCAUUGUAAACGAGUGUCCAACACUCAUAUACUUUUUAUCAGUAGGAUUAAUGACACAACUUAACAACAUUGAAAUUAUGUUGUCUUUUAUAAUAUACUUCUUUUGUAAAUGUCCCAAAACCAUGGCGACUAUACGAACUGAAUACAAGUCUGUCAUGCUGGGAUUUUUUAUUUAAAUUUAAAAAUGAUUUUAAGUGAACCCUGUGUAAAAUAACUAAAGCUUUUCUGAAAGCUCAUUAAUUUAGGUUUUAAAUAAAUAACUGUUGCUGCGGGAAGACGAUGCAAUGAUGCAUAAUAAAUUAAUUUAUAAAACA